AUGGACCUCGAAGGACGAAAUAUUGCCGACUUUGACUUUCCUCGCAUCCCCGAUACAAUUGUCAACGUCAUCAAAGGUCACGCUAUUCAUCAGGCCCUACGCGAGGAGCUUCACCUUAACCCAGUUGUGAUUUCGUUGAUGAAGCGACUGCCAUAUUUGCGAUACUCGGGAUCAGCGGUGGAUAUCGAGUUCAUCUAUUCAUACUCCCGAGCAUUUGUGCAUAUCGAGGACUAUGAAAUCCGUGGGGGGCGCGAUCCGGAUCGGUUUAGCUAUAAAAAGCCGAGGCCAGACUUUCAGCAGGCUGAGUGGAAGACUGCUUCAAAGGUUACUUGGAAGCGGAUUCAGCUUGGUGAUCCAGAUUACGAGACUGACAAUGAUGAUGAGCUUGAGCCCGAGGUAUUGACGAACGGUCAAGAUGACUAG